CCACCAGGCCACCACUCCCCACUACUUUUCUUCCCCUCCUCUGCCUUCCCCAUUCCCUCCCCACGUUCCCUUUCCCUUUCCUAGUCUUCUUCUCCGCCACUCCAUCGGCAAGGAGGAAGAUCUCGGAGGCGGUGCCCGGAGGAGGUGAGGCGAGAUGGGCGGGCGGGUGGAUCACGAGUACUCGUACCUGUUCAAGAUGGUGCUGAUCGGCGACAGCGGCGUCGGCAAGUCUAAUAUCCUCUCCCGCUUCACCCGCAACCACUUCUCCCUCGACUCCAAGUCCACCAUCGGCGUCGAGUUCGCCACCAAAUCCCUGCAGAUGGAGGGCAAAACAAUAAAGGCUCAGAUCUGGGACACAGCAGGACAGGAGAGAUAUCGUGCCAUCACAAGUGCUUACUACCGUGGCGCUGUUGGGGCUCUCCUUGUUUACGACAUCACAAAGAGGCAGAGCUUCGACAAUGUCCACAGGUGGCUUCGUGAGCUCCGCGACCAUGCCGACUCGAGCAUUGUUAUCAUGAUGGUCGGUAAUAAGUCUGAUUUGAUUCAUCUAAGGGCUGUCUCCGAGGAUGAAGGUAAGGCAUUGGCUGAAAAGGAGGGGCUGUUUUUUCUUGAGACAUCAGCUAUGGAGGCCGUGAAUGUGGAGGAAGCCUUUCAGACUAUCAUCACAGAGGUCUAUGGCAUUGUUAACAGGAAAGCACUGGCCGCCAAAGAAGCAGCUGCUGCUUCUGCUCCGCUGCCUUCCCAGGGUAAAACUAUCAGCAUUGACAGCGCUGCAGGAAACACAAAGAGGGCAUGCUGCUCUGCUUGAUAUGUACAAUGGAGCGUUCAACAUCAUAUUGUAGAGAGCCAGGUGUGAGAUUCGCGGGUAGACUCGGAGCAUAGUGAUCUUAAAUGGUUUGGAGGCAAGUCCUACUUUUUUUUUUUCAGUUGCGUGAACAUUCCAGAGUGCCUAGCUGCAGUUGCAGUUUGUUCAGUGUUUCCUAAUCAAAAGUUAGAUGUGUGUAUUAGGAUUCAUUCCAUUUCCGUUCUGAUUAUACAACGCAAACUAUAGCUGCAAUAUAUCUCAGAUUAUACAAUUCAAACAAUAUGUGAGCUGCCAUCUAGUCCCGCCUUGCUUAAGUUUGUACUUUCUAUCUACUAAGUAAUUUGGUUUUCUUAAUAAA